AUGGGACAGGAUUUCAGCACGGCCACGCACGCAGUUAUCCUAAGCCAGGCGCUCUAUAAACAGGUCAAAAAUGGGAGAUACACUGACUUCGCCCUCGAAUGUGACGGAACCACCUUCCCUGUCCACAAGGCGGUCGUUUGCUUUCAGGUCAAAGCUUUUGCUGCUGCCUGCGAGGGACGAUUUCAGGAGGCAUGCACAGGUGUCUACCGUAUUGACGGAUUUCAGGCAUCGACUGUGGGUUACAUGGUGGAAUACCUGUAUACCGGGGAUUAUACCACUCAUUACGAGCGCAAGCCCAGCACCACCGAAGAGUCUGCCUCCAAAGGCGAAACCACUUCACGCCCCAAUCCUUCGACUCCAAUUCUGUCUGAGAUCUUUCUUGCCCACAUCCAAGUCGCGGAGAUUGCGGAAUAUUAUCAGAUGUCGAGGCUGAAGGCUCUCGUUGAGAAGAAGGUGCCAAAUACUGAGAGCGUACGCGACAAGAUAGCGGGUGUCCUGGUGCAACAUCUCGACGACUUCCUCGCCGACGACGCUUCAGAGAGCCCUUUUACCGAUGAUGUGUCUGUCCGCGUGCUGCGACUGAUGCACGGGGCGAGCAAGGCUUCCACAAGGUCCAUUCAAGCGCUGCGCAGCGAGUGCAACAACCUCGAAAAUCAGCUUGCCCGUGAGCGUCGGAAGCAAGCGCAGCCUGCACAACAUGCGGCGACGUCCGGGAAUAGACUGAGACCCUGGCGGGAGUAG